ACUCCGUGUAAUUUCUAUAUUACUAUAUACUUCUAAUUAUUCAAGCUGCUUGGCCAGCCUUCUAAUUUCAACAUGCAUCUCCAAAGCCUAUUCCCAUUCUUGGCUGCCACUGUGGCAGCCGUCUCUAUCACUGAUGUCCUUUCUGCUAACAGCAAUGAACUCAGCACACUGACCUCUCUGCUGGGCACCGUUCCGCAACUCACCAAUGCCCUGGCGACGUCGACAAACAUCACAGUCAUUGCACCCAGCAAUGCAGCCUUCCAAGCGGCUAUGGCAGCAAUGCCCAACCUGGCCACCGAGGUAAAGAACACGACAUUUCUUACCAGCCUCCUGGAAUACCACGUGAUCCAGGGUCUUGUACCGUCAUCCAUGAUCUCAACCACACCUAUAUUCGCUUCAACCGCUCUGAAGAUCCAGUCAGCCACAGGGACAUCUUCCCAGAUGGUCGAAGUGGUCAAAUCUGGUGUUGACGUUCUGGUCGUAUCAGGCUUCAAGCAGGUGUCGCGAGUCACGAAGGCCGACCUCUUCUUCGACGGCGGCGUGUUACACAUUGUCGACACCGUGCUCACUGAGCCUGAAUCAAACUCUGUCACUGCUCUCGACACGGGCCUGACCUCUCUGGCCGGAGCUUUGGUGAAGACCAACAUGCUUGCAGGUGUCGAUACCCUCAAAGAUGCUACCAUCUUCGCGCCCUCGAACGCAGCUUUCGUCCAGGUAGGCAAUGUGGUCGAGGCUGCGGGCAACGACUUGCUCUCCACUGUCCUGGAUUACCAUAUCGUCACGGGUGGCGCUGUCAAGAGCACCGACCUGAUGAGGAUGACAGCUAACGGCGCGUCCACGAUGCUGAAAACACUCCAAGGGGGUACCCUGACAGUGAGGCAAGAGAACGGAGCUCUAUACAUCAACAAUGCCAAGAUCAUCGUGGCAGACAUCUUGACAAGCAAUGGUGUUGUGCAUGUUAUCAACAAUGUUAUGAACCCACUAGCCACCACUUUGCUGCCCGACACGGCGAGAGCAACACCUGUUGCUGACUUUGCUGGUGCUAGUCCUGUUGUCAACGCCCCUUUUACUUCCGGUAUUCAGCCUACUACUACUAUCGUCCCGGUGACUAUAGCGCAGGUGGCUGCUGGCCACGCAGCCAUGCCUACCGUAGCCCUCGUGGGUGCCGUUGGCGCAGCAGCGGCAGUCUUUGCCAACAUGUAGUGGGCCUGAAGGAGAUGGAUACAUCAGGUUCCAAAGUGCAGAUGGGAUCUCCAAUAUAUAGAAAUAAUGACGAACAUACAGGGGAACACGUAACGAUACAUAGGAACCCUGGCUUAAUAUAACCCCUUCUAGAACCUGCGGGCGGGUGCUAAAAACAAACCGAUCCUCGAAGCAAUCCACCAUUGAGGCUGACACGCUGCCAAAGCUACCCGAGUGACGAAUUUCUCGUCAAACACCCUCAGGUUAACAUGCGGUAAUUGCGUCAACAGCGAUUUUGUUACACAGUGCUCGAAACAUGUAUCAGAGACCAACCAUCGACUCGCACGUAAGCCACCUGGUUCGCACUCUUUGUGACAUUCAUCUAUAGCCGUUAAA